AUGGAUCGCCUCCUAAGACGUCGGAUAAAAAAUUUGGAUUCACGAGUCUUGAAACCGACGCUCCGCGCGUACGCCCUUGGGUAUCUCACAACGACAGGGCCAAGGGUCGUAUCGUUCAUCAGAGUUCUUCGAAGAAAGGAUUUGAGCAAUGAAGUUAAAGUUAGACAUCUUGCUCAUAUACUUGUUGCGGCUCUACGAUGGAAUAGAUUUCCAUCGGUUUGUGCUCUCCUCGCCGCCGGUUCUACACUGUUGCCACUACUUUUGAACAGGGUCAUAGCAGCUCUGUUCAAUCGGCAAAAGUCAAAAAGAGUGGUUCUGGCUGUAAAGCUGAGCCGGCUUCUACGUUUUGUAGCGACUUUCGUAUCAGCGUGGCUUUGUUUCCCUCUUCUUAACAGCAGGAGGCGACCUGAGUCGGAGCCCAAUACGUUUAGAAAUGAUGCUUUCCCGGAUAGAGGGGGAAAUACAAUCAACGUAUCGAGCCAAGGUCGAAGAUAUUCUGUUUCGACAGCCACGCACCGCCCUGCUUUUGCUGGAAGGACUCUCGAUCUCACUCUCUUUGUGGUGGUUAGGGCGGUGGAUGUGCUUGCGUGUACGUCGUGGUCCCGAUGGAAGCUGCAUCGAAGAGCUCGCAAGAGCUUUACGCGCAUAGAGUCAAUUAUGCCUCAGUUAUUGGACACUGGGGUAUUCGCUGUAACCGCAGCUACUGUUAUGUGGGCUUGGUUCUAUGUACCCGAAAAGCUCCCAUUCUCCUAUGGUAGGUGGAUUAGUGAAGUUGCACAGAUCGAUCCCCGCCUCAUAGAAGCUUUGCGGAGUGCACGAAGGGGAGAUUGGACCUAUGGAAAACCAAAAGGGUCUCAGGAUGUGCUGGAACCAAUGUGCGAGGAUUAUGGGUGGCCGAGAGUCUGGGGUGACCCCUCACAGACCGUUCCAAUACCAUGUGAAGUCGUUCAUAUGGGCUGUGGCCCGAACUGCGAAGUUCACGCCAUAUGGCGAUUUGCAAAGUCCUUUAGGUUUGCACUGAUGACUGACCUACCGAUACAGCUUUUAUUACGCUCAAGAUCACCUUCUCUUCAAGGGUAUUUCGGAGCUGUAAAAGCUUCGCUUCGUUCUUCCACCUUUCUGGGGCUUUUUGUUAGCAUAUUUUACUAUUCUGUGUGCCUUGCUCGCACUCGACUGGGCCCCAAAAUCUUCUCCUACGAAAAGGUCACGCCGAUGAUGUGGGAUUCGGGACUCUGUGUGGCCUCUGGCUGCAUGAUGUGUGGAUGGAGUGUUUUUGUUGAAAGUGCAAAAAAGCGCCAGGAAAUUUCUCUAUUUGUCGCGCCGAGAGCCAUUGCUACUUUGCUUCCUCGGCGAUAUGAUCGAAAGCAUAUGUGGAGAGAACAGCUGGCAUUCUCUCUUGGUACUGCAAUUGUUUUAACGUGCAUUCAAUCGGAUCCCAAAAAGGUUCGCGGUGUUCUAGGCGGGGUACUACGUCAAGUCUUCGGGAAAGCAUGAGCAUAGAGAGGGUUUGAUUCAAUAACGGCGUAUCAUAACUGUUGUAUUACUAGAUCUCGGGUCGAUGGGUUCAUGUGGCAACUUUCGGAUACAAAUACAUGCGUUCCCAUAUGAGGGAAUCUA